AUGAAUCGGUCGAAAGAAAUCGCGAUAUCCGAUGAUUUUGAUGAAAUCACUGCUUUAAUGCAAGAAAUCGAAUCUGAGAUUGUUCCGGCAAUGUCGCAACUGUCCCAAACUGAAGUAUCGAACUUCUUGUUUAACAUAUUUAAGAAGAAGGCGCAGUCGCAACUUGUGCCUCAUUGUUUCAGCUCUUAUUUGGCUGGCAAGCUUCCUGCUCGUGGCACCCUCUUUCUUAGUAUCAAUUAUAUCUCUUUCCUUCCAUCUGUAUCCAACAUUGAAACUCAAUUUUCUGUUCCUUGGAUUAAAGUUGUCUAUCGGUUCAUCGUGGCUUCGCGUGUUGAUGAAACAUUUUGCAUUAUUCAAAGACUGGCAGAUCUCGGUGCGCGUCGGCUGUUGGAUAACGACGCUUAUACGGCUUUGGAACGUGAUCCUAUUCGGUUUUCAAGUAGUGGCUCCAUCCUAUCAUCACACCAUCUCCUCUCACGGUUGGACACCUACUCACGAAGCGAGGCCUAUCGGAAGCAAUUUCACCUGCCCACAUCCGAGAUUCUUUAUUGUGAAGCCUCAUGCCUCCUCUGCACUCCCUUCAACAAGGCUGAAAUAGCCGGUCGGAUUUACCUUUCAGAAAACUUCCUCUGUUUUCGGAACAGUGGCAAUACCUAUCUAUUGCUCGUUGUCCCAUUGAGUGAGGUGAUUUCGGUGGAUGUGCACAUUUCUCAAGUGAAUCCUGAGUACUCCGAUAUCAUCAUCUCAAAUAAAGAUACGGUAUUUGUUUUCGUCAAAGUGUAUGAUGAGGAGGGCUUCAUCGAUCGACUCAAAUACGUCGUUUGUGAUUCAUCAACCGUUUUUGAUAGUGGUCCUGAGGAAGUCAUCAUGGCUGAAGAAGCUCUGUGGAGCCUAAAUGAAUCGAACCCACCUCACUCCAGUGCUUCUCGAAUAGCAGCGCCAUUGAAAGCUUUGAGUCAACCCAAUGGCGCAAACGCAGAAAACCAGCAAAACAGCGUUACUGGAAAUGAGUCCUCAGAUAUAAAAACAGAAGUAUCUACAACCGACCACCAUUCAGCACGUUUCAUCGACUACUUCCCCCUCGACGACACCUCAACGAGCCAGAUGGAACAAAGUCGUAAUGCUGCUUGGGAACGGUAUUUUUCCAUCUAUGGUAAAGGUAGAUCCAUGUACGUCGUCGACGAGCUGGAAGAGCUCGUGCUUAAAGGCUUGCCUCAAAACCUUCGGGGGCACCUAUGGAUGCUUCUUAGUGGUGCUGAGAAUGACGUUGAUUGUGCUGCCUAA